UGAACUCACCGGGGUAGUAUCUGACGCGUGUGAUUGUACUGACCACGGAUAGACAGAAGAACACGACGUUAGAGCAGGCUCAACAAGGAGGAUACGGAAGGGUCACUUAACGCCAUAUUGCAGAGUUUCUCCUUCUUGUUGUUGUUGUUGUAUAUGGCGGGUUGCUACCAACAUAGGUGCAUACCGCCUCCUACUGUACCGGAGGAUGGAUACGCAUGGUGUGUACUUAGGUUACAGACUUACAGAAGAGUGAAAAUCAAAACAAACACACGCCUAAACAAAAUAAAAUAGUGCAUGACAACAUUCUUUGGUGUUGUCACCCUUUCCCAAUAUACAUUUUAAAUCCCAGCCCAUACCUAUGUUGUACAGUUUGUCCCUCAACAUAUUAGAUGAUCUCUAACGCUAAAUGGCAGAUGUAUAAUACUUAUAAUACUUAAUCUAUUCAUUUCGAUUAGCAAUUUUAAUUUGCUGUCUAGUGGAGGUUAGAAUUAUUGUUACAUUAUUUUAAACUUUUAAUUUGAAGUCUAAAUAUAACGCUGUACAGGAAGUAGGUGUAAAUCCGGAAGCGCGGUAAUGACAUUUUUUCCAAUUGAAAAAGUAGGGUACACAAUAAGUUGGAUUUCCUCAGUAUACUUAAAAAAACACGGUGGUUUAGUUGGAUCUUCAGUGUUGUGAAGCUAUCGCCAUUAAGUCGUGUCAGUUUUGUAUCUACAACUCAAGUGUUUUUGAGUUCCUCGAGUUAAAUAUUUGGAGUAAUGUUGGCUGAAUGAGUGUAGCGAUUGUCUUCCGGACAGGUAAGGCAGGUAGAUGUACGUCUAAAGACACAAUGUCCAUAUGGAGACUUUUAGACAACGUCUGAAGUUCGGGAGGAAAGAAGAGGAUGUGAAACUAAGGAAAAGAAAGUCACUACUAUACAUAAAGGGAGAUCAUGACUCUCUUAAGAAUGAUGUGCUGAGAGUUGCAGCAUUUUCUGUGACUUUCCGGAUGAUCAACUGCUUCCUAGUUCAGACCAGUUUUGUUCCAGAUGAAUAUUGGCAGUCUCUGGAGGUUGCCCAUCACAUGGUCUUCAAUUAUGGCUAUCUGACCUGGGAAUGGAAAGCAGGCAUUCGAGGCUUCACCUAUCCUCUGUUCUUUGCCGUCAUAUACAAACUACUACACUUGUUGAACUGUGACUCAGUUUAUAUCCUGAUUUGGCUGCCUCGAGUCAGUCAAGCGCUCCUCGCUGCAUGUGCAGACGUGAAGUUUUUUUUCCUCAUCAGGACACUAGAGAAUGGACAAGUUGCAAAAUGGACGUUCUUCUGCCAUCUGUGCUCGUGGUUCACGUGGUUCUGCUGCACCAGGACGCUCAGCAACAGCAUGGAGGCUACCAUCACCUGCCUGGCCCUUUCCUACUUCCCUCUGCCAGCAUCCAAAACACACAGCAGCAAAAAAUAUUUGAUCCUUGUUGCCUUGGCUAUUAUUGUUCGUCCGACGGCCCUGAUUGUUUGGCUUCCGCUGUUGAUUUACCAUUUCUGGCAGGAGGAAAACAAACUGAGAUUAGUUUCUCAUGACUACAUCCCGAUUGGGGUGUCAGCUGUUGUGAUUUCAACCAUAAUUGACUGCAUCUUCUAUGAAAAGUGGACCUUCGUGCAGUUUAACUUCCUGAAGUUUAACGUCUUCCAUGGCAUAGCAGACUUCUACGGCUCCCACCCCUGGCACUGGUACUUCACACAGGGCUUUGUGGUCAUCAUCGGUCCACAUCUCCCCUUCUUUCUUCACGGAUGCUCCCUGGCUUUCAGAAGAUACAGAAUCCUGCUGGUGGCUAUCAUCUGGACCAUCAGCGUGUACAGUUUGCUUCCUCACAAGGAGUUCAGGUUCAUCUAUUCUCUGCUUCCUCUUUGUAUGAUCUUUUGUGGGUUAUCGAUGGCUAAUAUGGGAGCGUGGCGCCGAGCAGCCGCAUCUGUUUUGCUAGUGACCAACCUGCUCACAGCUCUCUACACGGGCCUCAUUCAUCAGCGCGGUGUUCUAGACGUCAUGAGCCACCUCCAGACACUUUGCCAUGUCUCUGAACAGCCACAGCCGGACAUUCUCUUCCUCAUGCCCUGCCACUCAACCCCUUUCUACAGUCACAUUCACUGCCCACUGAAGAUGAGUUUCCUGGAGUGUCCGCCUGAUCUUGGCGAGGAGGAUUACAUGGACAAAGCUGACAGGUUCUAUGGUGACCCUCUUCACUGGCUCAGAACUUCAUUUCCACACAAGUCCUCAUAUCCUACUCACUUGGUUCUGUUUGAUGUUUUAGAGAAGGAAAUCUCUGUGUUUUUGCACGAGAAUAACUUCACAAAGACAACAGAGAUGUUUCACACCCAUUUUCCCUCGGGAAGAGUUGGAGGAAGCAUUUUUAUUUACGAAAGGCACUGACAACUACUGGAACAAUGCUUCUGAUACGGUGCAUUAGCUGCUGAAGUAAAUUUUAAACGCCAUGCUUUGUGAUACAGCUUCAUUCUGUCCUAUGGGAAAACCAAACACCAAAUGGUUAAUGAUGCACUAAAUGUUUGGUGAGAACUUUAAAAGUUCCCUCACUAAAUGCAUGUUAAAGAACCAUAAGGUUUAAGUUGAGAUGAAGCAAAAACAAGAGGUGGAAUGUUACAACAAUUCUAGAAAACAUAAACACUAAAGCCUCCCCUGUUUUGCUAUUGACUUUCCGCACCAGCUUGGGCUGUCAAUGUAUUUUCACAAAAAGAAUGUAAUUUACCAUUUAUUAGUUGAAACUUCACAAAUUGAGGGAUUUUUGAAAUUGUUAAAAAAUACUGUUAAAAUGUGAAAGAGGCGUCUGGGGUGAAAGUUCAAAUGAACGUGUCACCUCUAUAAAGAUCACAAAUUUCAUCUCAUAGCGAUUGUUAGGGGUGUGUAACAGAAGGUAUAUUUGAUUUGUCAGUUAAAAUGAACAUUAGUCACCUAAUGGCUGAGGUAUUUUAAGAAAUAAUCUUGGGUAGGAAGGAAAGCUAACUGACAGAAUAGUGUAACAAAGAUGUCAAUGCAUUGCCAGCAUACCCCAGGUUGUAUUAAUAACUGAGCUGCUAAUCAGAGUCCCCAAUUGUAUUGUAUUAUUCAGAUAUAUUUUCUGUAUGUGGCUCUGGAUGGAAAAAGUUUGGACAUUCUUAUAUGGGUAUUACUUUGAUAAUUAAUGCAUUUAUGCGCAUUUCAGCUCAGCGACAGCAUCUCUUAGCAUUCACAUGCAAUUUGAAUGGUAAUCUAAUUGCUCUGUUUUGAAUAGUAGAUGCUUGAGGUAGUUAGGGGUCAAAGAUUAAAUAACUAUACAUUUUGCCAACACUUGGUUUAAACGUCCAAUCAGUUUUCCCUCCUUACCUUCGCAAGGGUAUUUGACUGUUUUGUAGUUGAAUGCCUUUAAAGUGAGGUGUUUUUUUUCCCCCGAUAGCGAUUAAUCCCAUACCAAAAAUAGAAUUCCUUCCCCAAACCAACCCCAGCUGGUAGACAUUCAGUAGCUUCAAAACAUAUAAAUAUUGUGCAAACAGACAAACCAGAAAAAGACUAAAGAAUUAUAUCAUUUUUAGUAUUUGGGGUCAAACGGCAUAGGGCCCAAUUCAAUUUUGACAUCUGCCAUGUGUCCGUUUCUUCCUGUCCUGCUCCACUUGCGCUCACUGUGAUGCCGCGCUCUGUCUCUCUGCUGCCUACGAGCUUGAUGAUUCACCCUUGACUCCUCCCUGGAGUACUGGUCUGGUCGUUCAAGCGGCCCGCUGGGAGGGAGGAGAGCAAGAAAAUGAGUGUUACGGAAUUUUUAAUUACUUGUAUACACAUAGGGCGGCAUGGCGGGUGAGUGGUUAGCGCGCAGACCUCAUAGCUAGGAGACCAGGGUUCAAUUCCACCCUCGGCCAUCUCUGUGUGGAGUUUGCAUGUUCUCCCCG